CCUCCGCUCCCAAGGGUCGACUUCGCUUCGGUUGACUCCCUCUUCCCGCCCUCUACUUCCACCUUCUUCCGAUGAACCGUUCAAUCGUCUUGUGGCUUCUUCUUGCUUUAUCCACCAUCUCCAUCUUCUCCGACGUUGCUAGGGCUUCGGCUACAGCCCAGUGUCUGGGCAUCGAUCAAAGAUCGCUCUUGCUCGACCUGAGAGACAGCCUUGUCUUCGACGCGUCCUCGUCUUCCAAGCUAGUACACUGGGACCGAAGCGCCGGUUCAUGGAGCGGCGUGACGUGCGAGGAAGGCCUGGUCGUUGGUCUCGAUUUGAGCGAAGAGUGGAUCUCUGGCGGAAUCAACGGUUCGUCGAGCCUCUUCAGGCUCGAGUUCCUUCGGAGCCUGAACUUGGCGUUCAACGAGUUCAACUCCUCAGCGAUUCCGUCCGGCCUCGGGAAUCUCAGCCGCUUGGUACAUCUCAACUUGUCCUGUGCUGGAUUUGCCGGGACAAUUCCGGCGGAGCUAUCGCGCCUGACGAAGCUACGUACUCUUGAUCUCUCUACUCCUUAUUACUCUGAUGAACCGGUUUUGCUGAAACUUGAGAAGCCUCAUUUGAGGUCCCUGAUUGGGGACAUGGGGGAGUUGAGAGAGCUGUACCUUGAUGGUGUCAACGUGUCUGCUGAGGGAAGGGAAUGGUGCAACGCGUUGUCUUCUUCAGUGCCGAAACUUGAGGUGCUGAGCAUGUCUAAUUGCGUUCUUUCUGGUCCUGUUGACUCUUCCCUUGUGAAUCUUCAUCAUUUGUCAUUCAUUCAACUCGAUGGGAACAACCUGUUAACCACAGUUCCUGAGUUCUUCGCCAGAUUUGCCAACCUAACCGCUCUGCAUCUGAGUUAUUGUGGGUUGUGUGGAGAGUUUCCUAGUAAAAUCUUUCAGGUGCAGACACUUCAGACCCUUGACCUAUCAUACAACCAACUUCUUCAGGGUCCUUUGCCUGAUUUCCCGAAGGAUAGUUCUAUUGAGGAUCUGGCCCUAAGUUUCACGAGUAUUUCAGGGAAGCUUCCAGAUUCAAUCGGUAAUCUCAGAAAAUUGUCGAGUUUAGAAUUGUUCAAUUGCAGUUUGAGUGGAUCGAUCCCGAGCUCCAUGGAGAACCUGUCAAAGCUGACUUAUUUGGAUUUGUCUUCAAAUAAUCUUACUGGUUCAGUUCCUUCAUUCAGUAUGUGCAAGAAUCUGAGAUAGAUUAUGCUAUACCGCAAUGCCCUAACAGGAGAUGUAAAGUCCACCCGAUGGGAAGAACUUCUGAGCCUUGUAAAUCUAGAUUUGCGGCACAACUCGCUGGACGGAACCAUUCCCCUGUCUCUUAUUACAAUUCCUUCAAUUAAGGCGAUAGAGAUUUCCAACAAUCAGUUCUCUGGUGAGCUAAGUGGGUCUGUAAAUGUCACUUGCUGUCAACUAAGCGCGCUUGAUUUGAGCAGCCACAAUUUAGAUGGACCAAUACCAGUGUAUGUUUUUGAACUUCGAGGGCUUAGCUACCUCUCACUUUCUUCUAAUAAUUUCAGUGGCUCAUUGCACAUUGAUGUGUUUCAGCAGCUUAAGAACCUCACAUACCUCGAUCUUUCCCACAACGGUUUGUCAGUUAAUGCUACUGCUUCCACUUCUGCCUUGUUCGGUUUCCCUACUCUAUACACUUUAAAGCUGGCUUCCUGUCAGCUGAGCUCAGUACCUGAAUUCUUGCAAAAUCUACCCCUGUUAAGCUAUUUAGACCUCUCCGACAAUCGAAUUCAAGGAGAGAUACCCAAAUGGAUAUGGGAAAGCGAAUAUAUUUCUUAUGUCAAUCUUUCCUUCAAUUUCUUCGAGAAACUAGGAGAACCUUUACCUAAUCUCUCUCCUGAUCUGACUGUUAUUGACCUGCACAGAAACAAGCUCCAGGGGCAAACGUUACCUCUGCCACCGACCAGUAUCUACCUGGAUUUCUCAAGUAACAAUUUCAGUUCAGUUCUUGAAAAUGAUAUUGGUAAACACCUGGCUUCCACAAUUUUCUUAUCUCUCUCAAACAAUCAUUUUCAUGGCCCUUUACCAGAAUCAAUUUGCAAAGCCCAGUCUCUCGAGGUACUUGACCUUUCCAACAACAGUUUAAUGGGAACCAUUCCUCAGUUCUUAAUGUUGGAGAAUCUCAAGGUGUUGAACUUGAGGAAUAACAACCUGACUGGAGGAAUUCCGCAUACAUUACCAGCUGCAUGCCUUUUGAGGACUUUGGAUGUUAAUGCUAAUCUCUUGACAGGAAAGCUCCCGAUUUCUCUUGCUAAAUGUUCCAUGUUAGAGGUGCUAGACAUUGGAAACAAUUGGAUUAAGGAUGCAUUCCCGUGCCAGUUGAGGAACAUAUCUACCCUGAGAGUCCUUGUUCUGCAUUCCAACAAAUUCCACAGGCCAAUUGAUUGUCCAGUCAUUAGUGGCACAUGGAAGAUGCUUCAAAUUGUUGAUCUAUCUUUCAACAAUUUCAGUAGUAUGCUUCCUGCAGAUUUCCUGAUGUCUUGGGAGGCCAUGAAGGUCAAUUUGCACUUUGACCAUCUUCAAUAUCCGUUUCUUUGGUUGAGUGAUCUCUAUUAUCAGGACACAGUUCGUGUUACUUUUAAAGGUCUGCAGCUAGAACUAAUGAAGAUCCUAACUGUUUUCACCUCGAUCGACUUCUCGAGCAACAGAUUUGAGGGUCCAAUACCAGAAGCGUUGGGAGAUCUUCAAGCACUCUAUUAUCUCAACCUGUCACACAAUGUGCUUUCAGGCCCUAUCUCCCCCUCAUUAGGCAAGAUACGACAGCUCGAAUCCCUAGACUUGUCACAGAACUACCUCAAUGGGACCAUUCCGGUGCAGCUUUCAGAUCUGAACUUCCUUUCAUUCCUGAACCUCUCCUAUAAUCAACUGGUCGGAAUGAUCCCAGCAAGAAAACAGUAUGUCACAUUUUCAGAAGGUUCGUUGGAAGGUAACAGAGGUCUAUGUGGGUUUCCACUUCACAAAAGCUGCCCAAUAACUCGCAAUCCUGAAGAAGCAGAUGCUGUCUCAAGGCCCAAAUAUCUCGAGGACAAUGGCUGGAUUGACAUGAAGUUGUUUUGCAUGAGCAUGCCACUUGGAUUUGUUGUCGGCUUACGGGUUUUUUGCGGUACACUAAUAACUAUCCGUUCAUGGAGGCGUGCGUAUUGUCGGUUUUGGGAUGACUUGCUGUCCGGACUUUCGGAAUGGUAUCGUUUUCACCGAACUUUUAUCGUUCUGCUUGCUUAGAAUAAGUUUUAAGGUUCUUCCUCUCCAUGAUUGCCAUAUCACUGUCUAUGAAGUAGAACUGGGAAUGCGCAUCUAGUUGGAGAUGAUUGGACAAUUUGGACUAAAGAAAUUCAAGACCUGUAUGUCUAUUUGAUAGGAAAGUCCUUCAAUAAA